GGCGCCAGGUGCUAAACGGAAGUAAAAGCCGCGUGUCUUUACUUAUUUUUACGUGAGAAGUGGAGUUUGGCUGUUUUUUCCGUGGUGUUUAAUCUAGAGGCUUAAUCUUAAUCUUUAACAAAGGAAACGAUAAACUACGAGUCUGGUAUGUCGGCCUCCCUAAUAAGGAGAGGAUUGGAACUCUUAAACGAUGACCUUAAAGGUGAAUCAAGCGACGGGAAGCGGAGGAGCCAAAAAAAGGCAGACGUGGCUCCGGGGACCAGCGUGAUGGACCGGAUCCGCUCCGACAAGCAGGGGGUCACCCGGCAGGUUAGGCGUCUGCGCGGCCGGCCAGGUCCUGGGAAAUCACGGGCUACGGUCAAGGACAAGCGGAUCAAGUCUGCUGUAGAGGAGUAUCUGAAGAAGCAGAGCAGCAGCCAUCUGAAGAGAAACCUGAAGUACUUCCUGGGCAAGGGGUUCAAAGCCGAGGAGAGCGUCACGGGCAAGAUCUUGUCACAGCACCAGGGCCGACAGGCCCGAGACCGCCCCCCCAGCCCUGCCAAGAAGAAGGAGGAGAAGAGAUCAGUGUUCACCGAGGCCGAGUUCGAGCAGUUCCAGAAGGAGUAUUUCGGCAGGCUGGUGGAGGAGAACGUCUGACCCUGUAGGGGGUCCCAUGGGACAAGGGUGCGCAGCUGGUUCCUCGAGCAGGGAACAGACCGAGCCCUUUCUGACACUUAUUUGGGCACCUGAUCAGCUUCUCUGGACUGUGCACACAGAAGCAAUAUACUGUGGAUGCGAUAGUGGGGGGAAGAAAAGAUCAUUAACUCUUCCCAUCGUUCCUCCUGUUAUUAUUAUAAACAUCUUUGACUGGAGCAGCUUAGCGAUUUCUCUUGUUCGGGGGCAGGUGGGCUUGGUGGAAUAAACUGGGAAAUGUGUUUUAUUCCAGCCAGGGAAUAAAUCAAGUCCUGAAUAAUCAAGUGCGUUUGGAGUAGCAGCACCUACCUGCUAAUUACCUUCUUAAUUCCUAUGGAAGCAGUAAGGGUGUACUUUAUUGUUCCCACCUGGUUUCUGCAUGUUGGCUUAGUUUUGGUUGAAUAAAUAAUAAAGUGAAAUCUAUUGAGUGUUA